AUGGCAUCCUUCUUUCAGCCCUCUCUGACAGGGCCAAGCACCGAUAAAGACACCAGCACGAGGUUUCUUAUCAACUGGAAUGCAACACUCAAGGGCUCACAGCUAACCGUGUACUGGUACCAAAUCCUUGUCGUUGCAGUUGGUAGUACCUUUCUCGUCCUUGGACUCUCAAGCUUUAUCAUACAAUACAUUCGAAAGAAGCGCCGCCUUAAAGUAAACCCUCUACCACCAAGCAUUAAGAGAUUCCUUCAGCUCCCGAGAGCAUGGACACAAUCCAAAUGCCCAUCUCCAAGAACAGAGAAAGACACGCCAAUCACCUCUGAGAAAGCUUCACCUAAACCAGUCUUUUCCCCACCCAAGUUGUCGUUGGUCAAGACCUUCUGUGUGUCCGAACACGAAUUACCUGUGCAGCACUUCCGAUCCAGUUUUGACUUGCAUGUUGUUGGUUUGACUGGAGAAAGAACACUUGAUCGAGUAUCAGAGCGAACGCAGGAUUCCAUUGACCCAGUACGUGGCGAUGCUGAGCUCCCGACAUCUUCAACGCAUGGCACUAACGAGAGCGCAAAGUCAUCUCGCCGCUCGACACAGGGCUCACUUGGGAGUACAGCCCACGACACGGCUCAAGAUUCUAUACACCCUCCUCGAAUAUCAGCCGACACGCAGCCAGCGACAAACACCUCGACCAUCUUCUAUGGUGCUCUCAAAACCACAUCAGCAUUGCAGAAGGAGAGCGUUGAAGAAAAGGCUGCAUUACUCAACAAUCUUCGACUCAAACAAGGUCUACAUGGAGUUGUUGUAUCAUACAAACGAGAUGACUCGGCUGAGGACAUCAAUGCACUCUCGAUAGCUUUGAGGAACCUACACGUGUCCGUGAUCCUUACAGGUGAUCCCGAUUCGAAGAUUGUUGAGUCGAUUUCCUUCGCGCUCAUCGACGGCCUUAUGAUUCGGAAUGCAUUUGUACUGCCCGACGGUGAGCGCCGAGACUUCUUUCGCGCGGCCCAAGUGCGAGAGUGUGUUGCAAGAUGCAAACGUCAAACGAAAACUCGACCAGAGUUUUUCAUGGGCUUCCUCGAGAUCUGGACAGUCAGACCAUCGGCAGCGACCCUGCGUAGGGCAUUCAAGCUGGCCGACUUCUUCGGAGCUACAAUCCAGGCCCAAGCCGUCUCUCAACACAACACACGGACGGAGAUGUGUCUAAGCGGAUUCGACUGGCUGAAACGAAUGGAAAUUGUGUAUCUACAGAAAUGCUGGUCGCAAAAUGCUGCGGCGAAUGCUUUGGAUGCAGAAACAGACGACAUUCACUUCGACCCCCAAAGACUAUCUGAAAUUCUAGGUUCAGCUGAAAACCUGCUCGCGCUAGCUCCCUUACCUCCUGACCUUCUAUCUAUCCAGAACGAAAGACUGGAAAGCGUGCCUAGUCCAGACUACGUUUUGAACGCUCCAAGAAGAGAAAAUAUGUGGGACGUAGCGAGCUGUGGGGCGCCGCUCUGUAAAAAUGGAUGUUACAACCUCAGGGACCAAAUUACAGAGGAGCAUUAUGGGCGAAUCUUGCAAACUCAGCGCCGACUAAAGCAGUUGCAAAUGCUGCACAUUUACGCAGACAUUGAGAUUAUGGCAAUGUCAAAAGUGUUGAGCACAGCACUGAGGAACUCUUCUUAUCCUCAAAUGCUCCAGCUGCUGCUUGACCGACUGACAAAGGGACAUGUGCGGAUCUACAAGGGCCUAGAUAGUGGGUUUAGCCUUCCUGACGACGGUGGGCAUAUGUUCGGGCUCUCUGAUAGCUCCCAGGAAGAUGGUCAUGUCUUUGUCGACAUCUACAUCUCACUCAAGAACGCACACGACACUGCUACUAUCUGGCACGUAUUCCUCGCACAUCACGGGAUACCGCGCUUACAAUGCUACGAAGAGGAGCUCUUGCUCUUUCCUGGCGCGCGGCUUCCAAAGAGUCUACAACAGGAAUUGGCUCAGAGCACGGAAGCCGAGCUGCUUUCCAUCAUCCAACAAGUCCGAUUGAGCGAUACCGAUCAUGUUUUCCAUCAAAUUAUCAUUGAAACAUGCGCCUCUAAUCUACUCGAGGAUAGUAGACAGGCUAAUUGGACAGCCCUUCAUUCUCGAGCCUGUCUUGACGGAUCACUGAGUAUGCAAACUCUGAUCCAAAUGCGUCUUGAGCAAUUCGCGAAGCAAGGCGCACGUCAACUUCCUGAGCUCGGAAAGCUUGUUGAGUUCUCUCAGCUCCUCGCACGAAAGUUGCAGGAUGCUUUAUUCACUACCGAUCGAUCUACGCUUAAUCAGCUGUCAGCUCCUCUUGUUGAUGCUUACAAUGCUAUUGGAAUAACCCGAGCAGCUAGCAGCAGACUAGAUCUUUACGGUCUGAUAUACUUCUGCACUUUGCGCAAGCUCGCUUACGAGGAUGUCUAUCUUGAAACGACAGACCGUUGUCCGUUGUUCUUGCAACAGCAUGACCAGGCUGGUGUAUUUUCCGAAUUAUGGGUCCUGGGCUCGCAGUGCGAAACCUAUUUCGGCAUUCAGCCCCGAGCUCUAGGAGAAGUCACCUACGAUAAGUACCGCGAGUACCUAUCUUGGCAUCCACCUCCACUUGCAUCAUGGAACGGUAAAGACGUUUUCACCGCUUACUCCAACACUGAAGCUCGGAUUAAGUUGGAGGGACAUGAGGUGAUGACAGGAUCUGGCUCACCUGUAGAUUUGCCUGGACAAGCACCAGGUUUUAGACUCGAUGAGCCAGAAUCGACAAAACGUCUUACUGAAGCUGCCAGCACAUUCGGUGCCCUGUCGAUCUUCUGUUUUCCAGCCAUAAUCGAUGUCAUAUUGCUGACGUUUGUCGGUCGUGGUUUCUAUAUCACGGCAUUCAUGGAUUACAGAGUCACUGAUAUGGCCGACUAUGCCAUUUUGACUGCUCUCCUUAUGACCGGUGGCAUCACUGGCUGGGUAGGCAGUACUGGAGGCUUUUAUCUUUAUAAUUUUGCGUUUGACAACAUGUCUUACUUUCUCGUACAACGUUUCUCUGCAGCAUUCCUCUUGACCACGAUCGUGGCCUUAUGUGGAUUCUUCGCGUUUGGUGCUCAAGUUUCCUGGUUCCACGGUGGGUUCAUAUAUUUGAUCUAUCUCUAUCCUUUAACAAUCUUCCUUAACCUGUUAGGCAUGUUCGCUACCAUGCACCGGCUAGGUUGCCCUCUGACUUCCGGCCGUACCGCGAUGUGGCGAUGUAUUCCCAUACUCUUCAUCUCACCCAUUCUUACUAGCUUUGUCAACGGGCAUGAUCUUCUGAUUUACCUGCUUAUUAUUUACACCUUCGUCAUCACACUCCUGGUCACAUUUCGAAACCUUCUCCACGAAUGGACCACCUGGCUGGCCAAAGUACCGUCAGUGAAAGAGAAGGAUUUAAUUACCUGGUACAACUCGAAGAUGAAGCAGGAGCAAGAAUCUGUGUCUGGGGUCAACUCUCAGGAGACUGCUGCCAGUGCUCGUCUUGCUCUCCGAUUUGCUGUACACCAGUACCGCAAUAGGAGCUUCUUUAGUCGGAUAUUCAAUUCUGAAGCAGGCGUGGAUCCUUUUGUCAAGAAGAUGGGCAUCGGUCAUCCAUAUGCUCUCUGGCUCCUGGAAAAAGAAGCCGGUGGAGCUGAGUUGCCUCCGAUCUAUACGACAACUUGGUUUGUGCAACUUGAGCUUGCAUCUGCCAAUCAGCGACAGUUGACGCGAGGCCUCAAGGAGCAUAGUCAGUUCAUCACCUUUCGCUACUCGAAGUACGAUCUUGGACAAAACGUUGGCUUGUUUUUAGGCGCACUUAUGGAUCGCUGGAUCGAUCUUGUCAUGCUCGCAAGACGACCGGAGAUCGUCACAUAUUUCGACAAUAGGGCGCGUUAUGGAAUCUGCUUUGGGCUUCUGUAUUUCCUACUAAGUGCAGUCGCAGUGGAUCUGGUGUUACAAAAGUACUGGCCACUUGCAACCGAGCUCCCAGAUCGCAAGAUUGCCGAUCUAGAAACAUACGAUGAAGUCAAGCUCGAUCAGAAACGAGUUGCACUGGGGGAACUCAUGAGCUACCUAGCCAUAAUCUUUGGUGUCUUGACCAUUCUCAUCUGGGUCUUCGUCAUUGAACACAGAUCAAUCAUCUUGUANUUUUUGUAUACUUCAGGCUACACGGGAGUGUGUCUGUUCCAGUUCAACCGGUGCUUUACCCAACACCCGAAAGCUCAUGUGGUCGCCGUGCUGAUAUGUUGCGCUGCGGGUUUCAUUGUUGGCUGCAUCCUUCGAGCAGCACCCUCUACGAAAGAUCUAUUCUAUGAUUUUGUCAUUGGCUUAAACAUCACCAGCGUCUCAGCUGCCAUUGCCACGUUCCUGCUGACUGGCUAUUUUUCGUCACCAACGGGUCGGUCAGAUCAACCUGGACAUGUUACCAAGAAGAACAGUAAGAUUAUCGACAAACGUUUCUCGGAUGGUGCGAAUGCUCAACCAGCAAGCUGGGCGACUCUAUUCAAAACUCAUACCGAUACAUUAUGCAACCUAUCGCACACUACCCAUCGCAAGAUUCUUCAGCAUCUAUGUCUUGACGUCGACGUCAACGUGCAGUGGUCUAAGAUUCCUGACGACGUCCGAUCUCUUAUAGUAUCACGCAUGCUAGGCGUAACGGGCUACACGACUGCCUCUGCCCGGGCAUGGUUAGCUGCCGAGUCAAAGAAUACGCAGAAGUCUGACAACGAGUUAGAAAGGUGCUUAGCGAAUUAUGGAAGCCAGAAAUCGACCGUCAGCAAGGAUGCAGACAACGCUUUCAAGAUCGCAGGUUCGUACAGAGAUCCAGAGUUGAGCUCUGUACUGGGCAGAGAGUUCGGCGCGAUGUCCAAGCUAAAGCACAUUGUCACAAUUGUUGGCCUGACGAUCUACGACAUUGUUAAAUGGGUAGCUCUCGUCUCAGGCGGGGCACCAGACGCCAAUCGCGAGUUGUGGCUUGCUCUGAGGAACAAUCCGUUACACAAGCCUUUGCUCUGGAUGUUGCUCAAGAUCUGGAAGAUAUGCUGGUUCUUCAAGAAUUUCUCGACCUACUUGUUUCUGAUUCUCGGUAAGCCGUCAUUGUCGUCAAUCUUGGACAUGAAGGACCGAGGGCUCCCUCGAAUUCUCCAUGGAGAUGUCAUCACAGUUGACACACCUUUCUCGAAAGUUAGCGGUUUCCUCUCGCGAGACGUGGAUGGCAAUCUGGUUGUUUCGGCAUUUGACGGCAUUCACAAAACUUUACCUGACUCGCAAUCAUUGAGAGCUCUGGCAAUUUAUGAUCAAGCCUACCGAGUUAUACACUAUGAGACCAAUCCUGGAGACCCAAAGACCAAGACGACCUCGACAUUUGAGUAUCAAAACAAGGAGUGGAGACGCUGGCCGACNAAAAAAAUCACCAAGGAAGGAGACAGCCAGGAAAUCGAAUCCUUCUAUGACAAACAUGGUCGCGUGGUCAGUGGAAAGCUGUUUCGUGGCGAGGUAGAGUUCUCCUUCGAGUACCUUUACAAGAAAAGACCUAAGGGCAACACCGAGAUCCUCAAAGCGACCUACACGCAGGAAAAUGCUGAAGGCGCUCCUCCCGUCGUGUCUGUAUUUUGGAGCGUGCAACCCCGAUCUGGUUCCGAAAAGGUCAAGAAUUGGACGCCUUCUGAAAAGAUCCGACGAGUCAUCGCAGUUCUGGAUGGGCAAACUUACGAGACUGAAUGGGUCUACAAGCACGCAAGAGAUCCCGAUCUUGAGACAACAUUGACAGAUGAGCACGGUACAGUGCUCACUGGCGUACCGGCUCCUGCGGCGAUCUUGGACGAUGCAUUUGGUCUGCUUAAGAAACCGACAAAUUUGUCUUUUGACCAUGUCGACCUAUUAGUUUAUCAUCCUCUGCGCUGGCUCGCGAGAUUUCCGAAACAUGGCGAGGAGGUCUCCAAACCUUCCUCAUGGUUCAUGUCACUCAUGCCAUUUGGUUAUUCGGACACGAAGAAGAAAAUUGUUUACCGAAAACUGCCGACUGCUGUCUUGAGGACAGCGCUAUGGACNUUUUGGGCAAAGCCACCUCAUCUGGAUGCUGUCUCAGCAUGCUUUCUUGACGAAAUGAUAUUGCGCAAAGAGCCUCUUUUGAAAAAGUACUGGAAGCUUCGGGACGCUGGCAAGCUAUUGGAAGCUGCGCACUUCCUUGAUGAAAACCUAGACUUGAUCAUAUCUGCAAUCGAGCCGUCUACAGAAGCAUCUCAGACGUGUCCUCUUCUCAUCAAGGUCUCCGACUUGUUUGUGAUGGGACUGGGGAAAGACGCGAAUCAAGUUACAGCUCGUCCCGACGAUGCAUAUCGCGAUACCCCGACUCGUACAUCUGUAAUCUUCUCUGACAAUGGCUGCUGGCCCGAUAAUCCGGGUGGUGUGUCUAACUGCAGGCGAGAUUUGGUCAACGGACAUACUACUAUUCGAGGUCACUGUUUAGCCGAGUCAGCCAACGAUUUUGGAAUACCUCGUUACCAAAUCGAGCAGAACAUUAACUCUUUGAAGAUUCUGCCCUUGUGGGGAAUUGACGGCAAAACACCAUACCACGGCGUGCUUGACAAUUUACUGCAAACCCAAAUCGAUGAGAGAAUUUUUCAGACACGGAUUGAAGAAGACAUCAAAGCCAUCUUUAUCCCUUUGCUCACAACCUUCGUGAAGGGUGCACGGAUGAGGCGUUACACCCGUAGCGACUUGCUCACAUUCAGUAAUGUGAUUUUGCAGAUGAACAGGUACUUUGAGAAGUGCGACUUCAACAAAACUUGGGACAACAAGGACGUCUGGGACGCAUGGAUCCAAGCCUGGCUCAUCGAUUACCAAGAUCCAAAUAUUGGCAAUCCUCGAGACUACUUUGAAAUCGAGCAAGCGACUAUGAGCGACUUCAAGAGUGCACUCGGCCUGUACGUCUGCUACUUUUUCAUUUACUCGGUCGAGCUUCCACCGGAUUGCCCCACUGUCUUCCAGAGCACACAUCACGGAAUCAGCAGUCUCUAUGGGAUGCUUCUCAAAUAUCGUCGUGGAACUACCUGGGGCAUCUGGGAUCAUGCAAUCUUGUGGCGAGAAACCUGCUUAAACAUCAGUCCAGCGCAGUGCUUGCUCCCAAUUCCAGUCCAGUCUAUGCUUCUUGCUGGUAUCAAGCUGGCUUGCCAUCUGGCGUAUACCCAUGUUGAUAUUGUCCUGCCAUGCACUUCUGUUUUCAACCCUGACUGGGAGAUUGAUCUAGGCACAGAUCAAGGACUACGAGGCAGCAAGAAGCUGUUCGCACGCAAGAUUGAUCCCAUUGUGAAUGGCAUUGGGAACAUGGAUACCUUCCAGCCAGUGAAAGAAACUAGGAGCAAGAUCCCAACAUGCGUAAUGCUCUCGAAUGUUCAGUUUAUCAAAGACGUCAAGAACGCCGUACUGGCUGCAGAUGUCAUCGUCAACAAGUACGGCUUCACUGACUAUCGUCUGGUUGUUUACGGUGCUCAAGAUAGACAACCAAGCUAUGCGCUCGAAACGACUACACUCAUCAACACACGCAAUCUCAACACUAACGUCAUCCUUGCUGGCUUUGGUUCUCCAAAAGAAGUUCUCAAAGACGCCUGGCUGUUCAUGAAUUCUUCUCUCUCCGAAGGGCUUCCUUUAGCCAUCGGUGAGGCCGCUCUNUCUGGCAUCCCCAUAGUUGCUACAGAAGUUGGCGCCACUGCUUUGGUGCUCACUGACCCUGAUGACUCAACAAAGCGCUAUGGCGAGGUCGUACCUCCCAACGACCCAGAGGCACUCGCAAGAGCACAGUUGAGCAUUCUCGGUAUGCUUGGUCCCUGGGCAGAGUACACUACCGACAAGAUUAAGCCACCUCCACUACCUGACUCGUUCAAGCCCGACGAUAUUGCACGAAUCAUGGCAAGAAUGUAUGAAAAAGCAGCCGAUCGUCGUGCUCUAGGCCUCAGACUUCGAGACGUCGUCCUUCGCAGUUUCCACGGACAGAGGUACCUUCGCGAGCACGAACAAAUGUAUUGGAUACAACGCUGCUGGGCAGAAACCCGUCGCUCGGCAUACAAGCUGAGCCGACAUCCGCCAGCCAACGCCGCUUUCGGCGAGUCGAACAUCUUCGAGUACGAUGACGCUGGUGAUACUGGAGAAGAUGCUAAGGCACGUUGGCAAGACUUCCAGAUGGAUCAGCUGCAAUCUCAUAGUCAUCCGCCACCUCGCAAGGAAAGGUUAGGCACAUACGAAAGGGGAAUGUCGACGAUGGGGUGA